AUGGGGGUCCUUCUCUGGUCAUUCCUUCUGCUGCUUCGGGAAGCCAAAGGGUUUUCUGGAGAUGACGAGGACCCUGAAGAAGUGAUUGCAGUCCUUCAAGAGUCUAUCAACCUCCCUCUGGAAAUACCAUCCAACGAAGAGGUUAAGGACAUCAUCUGGUUCUCUCAAAAAAGCCUCGCUGUAGUGGCACCAGGGGAAGAGGGACAGCCAGCCAACAUCACUGUGAUGGAUCCUCGCUACCAGGGUCGGGUGGGCAUCCCAGAGUCCAGCUACUCUCUGUCUAUCUGCAAUCUGACCCGGGAGGACUCUGGCCUUUACCAAGCCAAAGUCAGCUUGAAGACAUCCCAGCUCUCUAUUAUGAAGUCUUACGAUCUCCGUGUCUACCGGCGGCUGUCAAGGCCCCACAUCACUGUGACUGUUAAGAUUUCUGAGGAAGGUGCCUGUAACAUAUCCCUGAUGUGCUCUGUAGAGAGAGCAGACAUGGAUGUGACCUACAGCUGGCUUUCAUCACAGGGCAGCACUGACACUUCUCAUGAAGGCUCUGUCAUCAGUACAUCUUGGAGGCCUGGGGACAAAGCCCUAUCCUAUACUUGUAGGGUCAGCAACCCGGUCAGCUACUCCAGUUCCCGUCUCAUCCCCAUUGGGUCCUUCUGUGCAGAAUAUCCCGGCUAUUCUCAGAAGUCUUCAGGGCUCUGCCUCCUGGCCAAGGGCUUGCUCCUUCUCUUACUCUUGGUAAUUCUGGCUGUGGGACUCUGUGUCUUCCGAGCCCGGAGAAACUAUGAGAUGGCGAGGGUGAGGAAACUAAAGAGAAACAGAAUCAAACUGCGGAAGAAGGGGAAGCCUGGCCCUUGUCCAGUCUGAUCGGCCCCUGGAGACCCCUGUUCUGAGCUUUGUUUCCUCUUAGCCUCCAGGGAAGUCAUCUGGGGGACAGGUGGGAGGAUCACUGUUGAACACCUGAAAGAGCCAUAGUCCCCGAGAGACACCGUCUGGCCGUGAAGUCAGUCCCCACCUUCUGGAAGAGCUGUGCUU